CGCCCACAGCAGGCGUUGUGUCCAUCCGGGGGGACCAGCCGCUUGCACUCUCCUGCAACUCAAGUCUCCAGAGAGGCAUCAUGGGCUUCGGGAAGUCCUCCCCCUUCUUGGCUUUCAGCAUCUUGGUCCUGUGCCAAGCAGGCGGCCUCCAGGCAGCACCACUCAGGUCGGCCUUGGAGAGCCUCCCGGACCUCGACCCCGCAGCACUCAGUGAGAAGGAAGGGCGCCUCCUACUGGCUGCACUGCUGAAGGCCUAUGUAGACAGGAAGACCAAUGAGCUAGAGCAGGAGCAGGAGCAGGAGACAGAGGAUGCCAGUGUCACUGCCCAGAAGAGAGCCUGCAACACCGCCACCUGUGUGACCCAUCGGUUGGCAGACUUGCUGAACAGAUCUGGGGGCGUGGUGAAGAGCGACUUCGUGCCUACUGAUGUGGGCUCCAAUGCCUUUGGCCGUCGCCGCAGGGACCUUCAGGCCUGAGCUGCUCACCGACUCCAGGAAGAAGGUUACCAUGAAGCUGAACUCACCACUUCUAUUAAUUUCUGUUGACAACAACUUGGUGAGAAGGCCCCAUGGAAGAUACACAUGUUUGCAUCCAAAUAAAUACCAAAAAAA